GAGAAAAAAGAAGAACUGACGCCCAACCCCAUGUUCGAAGUGGGAAAAACCCUGCCAUCAAAAAUUGGCGAAUUCCCGCCAAGCUUGUACGGAAAGCCCAUUGAAGAUUUGGAUGAUUAUUAUAGAAAUAAAUACACGUUCAUGAUUGUGGCCAAGGACAAAACCAUAUUCAGGUUUAGCGCCACGAAAGGUUUCUUUAUAUUCACUCCAUUCAACCCAAUCAGGAGGGCGGCCAUGUACGUCCUGACACAUCCAUAUCCUUUUCUGACAGUGAUGGUGGUCAUACUGGUCAACUGUGUCUUCAUGGCCAUUAAAGAAGAAUUUCAAGCCGCUGAAAAAACAUUCACUGGCAUCUACACAGUUGAAGGAAGUGUGAAGAUGCUAGCGCGUGGAUUCAUCCUGGCUGACUUCACCUACCUGAGAGAUGCAUGGAACUGGCUGGAUUUCAUUGUUGUCAUGCUUGCGUACGUGACAAUGGGUAUUGAAAUGGGUAAUGUGGCAGUGUUAAGGACCUUCAGAGUACUGAGAGCCCUUAAAACUGUUGCGGUUGUGCCAGGUCUCAAAACCAUCGUUGGUGCCUUAAUGGAAGCAGUGCGUCGCCUUCGUGACGUCAUGAUUCUUUCCGUCUUCGUCCUCUCCAUCUUUGCCCUCGUUGGCCUCCAACUUUACCAGGGCCAUAUAAGCAGAUCUAUAAAGAAUUUGACAGCAAUAAAUGUUACUACAGCUUUGUAUACUUUGUAUCUUUUCUUUUUUCGAACUGGUUCAAACCGACGGGCCGUCCCUUCAUGCUGUGUGGCAUGUACGGAGACGAAUCAGGGGGACUGCCCGGUGAACUACACGUGUGCCAAGGGUGGCGACAAUCCCGACUUCAACUACACCAACUUCGACAACUUCGGUUGGGCCAUGCUCUGCGCGUUCAGAUUGAUGACUCAAGACUACUGGGAGAAUCUCUAUCAGCAGGUAAUUCGCACGAACGGACCGAACCAGGUGUUAUUCUUCGUCAUCGUCAUCUUUCUCGGCUCCUUCUACCUCGUCAACGUCAUUCUCGCCAUCGUCGCCAUGUCAUACGACGACUGCCGCAAGCAGGACCAAAUUGAUGCUGACUUGGAGGAGGAAGCCGAGAUGAAGGCAGAAGAGGCAUUCUUCGAGGUGAAGUACACCCCUUCCGUGGGGUCAGCCAACAGCCUCAUGCUCGCCAACCCCAGGUACUCCAAUGGUGGGAAUGGCCGCCCUGUAGCUUGCGACAAGAUGAGCGUGCAGUCGGAAUAUUGCUGCAGCCACAAUUGCAACCAGGAGAUCUAUAAGCAGAAAGAAAAAUCAGUUAGUCGGCUUGUUUUGAAGUUCGAAGACCCUACCAAGAACAAGUUGGCUAUAAUGGACAACCCUUUCAUCUGCCGAACGCCAAGUACCGCUACCAUAGAUUUGCAAGACGUACUAGUUUUGAAAGACUUAAUAAGAAAUGCUUCUAACAAACGGAGAUGUUAUUGGUUAGGUUACGAGCCAGGAAUGAAGAAGAAAGAAUUUUUGAAAGAGAAGUGCAUGCAGUUGUUAUUUGGUUGGGAAUGCCAUCCGCUCUGGUAUAAAGUUGCUCAUAUCACAGAACUCUUCAUCAUGGAUGCUUUUGUGGACCUCUUUAUAACUCUCUGUAUCGUUGUUAAUACCGUCUUUAUGGCUAUGGAACAUGCCAACAUGCACGAUACCCUUGUUAAAGUUCUCUCUUAUGGAAAUUAUGUAUUCACGGGCAUUUUCACUGUGGAAGCGGCACUGAAGAUCCUAGCCCUCGGUCUUUACAAGUACCUGCAAGAUAAAUGGAGUUGUUUCGACUUCGUCAUCGUCAUUUUGAGCCUGGUGGAGAUGGGCUUGGAGAAAGUUAAAGGACUUUCUAUAUUGAGAUCUUUCAGAUUGCUACGAGUCUUUAAACUAGCAAAGUCCUGGCCCACCCUAAACCUCCUAAUCGGCAUCAUAGGUAGGACCAUGGGUGCCCUAGGGAACCUUUGCUUCGUGUUGGCCAUCAUCAUCUUCAUCUUCGCUGUCAUGGGGAUGCAGUUGUUUGGUGCCUACUACACUGAUGACAAGUUCCCCUUUGAGGUUGGCGAGAACCGCGAGUUGAGGUGGCACUUUAAAGAUUUCUUCCACUCUUUCAUGAUCGUCUUCAGAAUACUGUGCGGAGAAUGGAUAGAGAAUAUGUGGAACUGCUUGCGAACCUAUGGAAAGCCGUGCAUUCCUUUCUUCCUGCUGACGAUGAUCGUUGGCAACCUUGUGGUGUUGAAUUUGUUUCUUGCUUUGCUUUUGAGCUCAUUUGGUGCAGAAAGUUUGAAACACUCACAAGAAGAGGAAGGUCCGAACAAGUUGCAGGAGGCGGUCGACCGCAUCAACCGAUUCGCGAUCUACAUCAAAUCGCACAUCACCUACUGCGUCAAAGUCAAAGUGAGACACAAACAAAUCGCAAACGACUACUUCUUCGACGAACGCACCAACUACAUCGGCCAACAUGACGCCAACCGACACGGCAACAACAACAUGUGUGUGAACAACAACGACAGCAGCAGCAACACAAACAACAACAUUAACGACAACAACAGCAACAGAGGUGUGGUCAUCGUCAACGCAACUCCAAUAGGCAAUGGCAGGAUCGUGAAUGCUGAAGGCGAUUAUGAACUGAACAACGAUGAUGAUGACCUCUCAAGAGCUUACAACAAAAGCAACCACAGCAAACGCAGCAGUGUCAACAACAACAACAACAACAACAACAACGAUGUGCCGCGUACAACUGGCGGUCCAGAAAUAAACGAGGUGAAGGUGGUCUUCGUGAAGUAUCCAGACGAUUGCUGCCCGCGACUCUGCAUGGAAAAAUGUUCCUUCUGGGACCUGCUGGAGAACACGCUGUUUGGAAAAGUUUACUGGAAGUUUCGCUGUUACAUGUUCUCACUGGUUGAAAAUAAUUACUUCGAAACAUUCAUCAUACUCAUGAUUCUGGCAAGCAGUCUUGCUUUGGCGAUCGAAGACAAAAACAUCGAUACGAAACCGCUACUGAAGCACGUGCUGAAGGUCAUGGAUAGUGUCUUCACCGUCAUCUUCGUCUUCGAGAUGAUUGUCAAGAUGGCAGCCUACGGACUGAAGAAGUACUUCACGGACGCCUGGUGCUGGCUCGAUUUCAUCAUUGUUGCGAUAUCGUUAGUGGGUUGGUUCGCAGAGGGGGCAGGUGCGGGCAAUAUGGGAGCGUUCCGGGCACUGAGGACGCUGAGGGCACUACGACCCCUAAGAGCUGUUUCCCGAUGGGAGGGAAUGAAGGUUGUAGUGAACGCUCUCAUACAAGCCAUUCCAGCCAUCUUCAACGUGUUGCUGGUCUGCUUGGUCUUCUGGCUUAUUUUCAGCAUUAUGGGAGUCAAUCUUUUCAUGGGCAGAUUUGGAAGAUGUCUGGACGAGGAAGGCGAAAUGAUCAAGAUUGUAUUUGAAUCCGGGCACUACGUCAUUCAAGGAACAAACGAUACCCUGACGAGAGAACUCUGCAAGAAGAAUUUCUCGGUCACUCGCAAUUAUACUUGGUUCAACCCUAAGGUAAAUUUCGACAAUGUCCUCAUUGGGUAUCUUUCCUUGUUUCAAAUAGCCACAUUCAAAGGAUGGAUGGAUAUCAUGUAUGCUGCAAUUGAUAGUCGAGAGCCUACCGAACAGCCAUUGUUCGAAGAUAGAGUCGGUGUCUAUCUCUAUUUCGUUCUCUUCAUCGUCUUUGGGGCUUUUUUCACACUCAACUUAUUUAUCGGUGUCAUCAUCGAAAAUUUCAACAUGCAGAAGAAAAAAGCUGGCGGUUCGAUGGAGAUGCUGAUGACUGAAGAUCAGAAAAAGUAUUACAACGCCAUGAAAAAACUCGGAAGCAAGCAGCCGACCAAACCAAUCCCUAAGCCUAAACUAACAUGCCAGUUAUUUUUUUUCAACCUGACGAAGAAUCAAAAAUUCGACGUAGCCAUCAUGGUGGUCAUCCUCUUAAAUAUGACUACGAUGGGUCUCGAGCACUACGACCAGCCAAAGGCCAUGGAGAUAACUCUAAACUACAUCAACACCGUCUUCAUCGUCAUAUUCACGCUUGAAUGCGUCAUGAAGCUCUUAGGCCUAAGGUUCUACUACUUCAAGGAGCCCUGGAACAUAUUCGAUUUUGUUGUUGUCAUCACUUCUAUUUUAGCGAUGGCUCUCAGCAGCGUUUUAAACAAGCUUCCAGUGUCACCAACGAUGUUGAGGGUGGUUAGGGUUUUCAGAGUUGGAAGAGUUCUUCGGCUGGUCAAGUCAGCAAAAGGAAUUCGAACGUUGUUGUUCUCUCUGGCGGUCUCCAUGCCAGCCCUCUUCAACAUCGGACUUCUCCUAUUCCUAGUCAUGUUCAUCUACGCCAUCGUCGGCAUGAGUUCGUUCAUGCACGUGAAACACUCAGCUGGAAUUGACGACAUGUUCAACUUUGAGACUUUCUUCAACAGUAUGAUCAUCCUCUUUCAGAUUUGUACAUCGGCAGGCUGGGAUGGAGUGCUGGCUGGCUUGAUGAACGACACGCCUCCAGAUUGCGACGAUAAACCAACGGAAUCCAGUCCGAACGGAGAUUGUGGGAACAGUGCGCUCGGCAUGAUGUUUCUUGUGACGUAUUUAGUCAUAACAUUCUUGGUCAUCAUCAACAUGUACAUCGCUGUGAUUCUUGAAAAUUUUUCACAAGCCACCGAAGAUGUACAGCAGGGACUGACCCAGGACGAUUUUGACAUGUACUACGAGCUCUGGGAGAGGUUCGACGAGAACGCCACUCAGUACAUCCCUCUGGAUCGCUUGUGCGAAUUCGUUGAUACGCUGGAAGACCCACUGCGACUGCCUGCACCCAACCUCUACAAACUUGUCUCUAUGGAUAUCCCCAUCUGCGAAAAUGAUAUGGUUCACUGCAUCGACAUAUUGGACGCUCUAACGAAAAAUUUUCUCGGGACUGCCAACGAAGACACAGGUGAGUUAGGCGACUUGAAAGGACCCGAGAAGAAGGACUACCACCCAAUCAGCACCACACUGAAACGACAACGAGAAAUGUGCGUGGCCAGAAUAAUUCAAAAGUCCUGGCGCAACUACGUUAACAAGAAAAGAUUGGAGCAUGCAAAAGAAGAUUUGUACCAAUUAGACAAAGUUUCAUUAGAGUCGUACAACUCAAGAUUCACAUCGGGCAGCAAACUUUCAAUAUUAGAAGCCAACUCAUCAAACGGAGUUAAUGUAAUAAAAACAGAACUGACCACGGACAUGGAUGAAAACGUCAGAAACAUAUUCAGCGACACAAGCAGCGGCAGCGGUAGCGUCUCUAGCUACAAUGGAAGAAAAACAAAACAGGAAAAAAGUGACGAAGAUAACAAAAAGCUGCUCAUAUCUUUUUCAACGGUUUCCGAUUCUGACAGUUAG